UUCCAUUCACAAUUUCUGCUCUACAUGCUGCGACUGCCGAGUUUUUCACUCGUUCCAUUGAUUCCGACGCUCCCGAUUUGAGAUUACGUUUUGCUCUUCGAUGGUUGUUUACGGAUGUCUUUUGACAGCCGCUAGGGCUCGGGCGUGACGCGAAAAUCGCUGAACUGCCAGCAGUCUUGCCGGGUUUAGAUUCUUCCACGCCCCCUGACUACUUUCCUCCAUAUUUUUUUCUCCAGUUGAUCGACAGCAUGGCCAAAGCAGCCUAAGGCCUCGUGAGGAGGCUUACUGAGGUUAGCGAUCGGUACCUGCGACUGCGGUUUCGCUUUCCUCCCUGCGAGGGUUUCCUUUUCACCGUGACGAUGACACAGGCUUGUGACAGCACCGCUGUCUCAUCAUGGCAUAUGAGUCGAAAAGCAUAUCGACAGGUGGAGGUCAUGGUUGCUCUUUUCAUCUGGCUCGGGCUCUUCCACUUCAACACCAUAGUCGGAGCUAUUGCCAUCUAUCACCUCCCUAGCAAAACGUCCGUGACAGUUCUUGUCGUCAUGCUGACGCUGGUGGUUAUUCCCGUGUCGGAGUCCCAAUUUGGGAGAAAGGUUGCCACCUUUAUCGCCAGGAUUGCCCCUACAUACUUUCCGAUCAAAAUGGUAUACGAGGACUACCAGGCGUUGGACCCUAAGAAGGCAUAUAUUGUCGCCUUAGAACCCCACCAUGUGUUUCCGAUUUCCGCGGUUGCCCUCUCUCCCUUGUCUGGGCUGUUCCCGUUGGAAAAGAUUCGUAUUCUUGGCAGCAGCGCCUUGACCUACGUACCCUUUGUUCGCCAUAUCUGGCGGUGGCUGAGCAUGGCCCCAGCGACGCGCAAACAGUUUUCGAAUCUCCUGGCUUCGGGAACGUCCUGUGUCAUUGUUCCGGGUGGCUUGCAAGAGUCCCUAUUGCUCGAACAGUCUCGCGAGGUACUGUUUCUGAAGCGGCGAUUGGGUUUCGUACGUCUGGCAGUGGAGUCCAACGUUCCCAUAAUUCCCAUCUUCUCCUUCGGUCAGAAGGACGUGUACAGCUACUGGUUCCCGCGCAGCUCUUUCCACACUGCUUUGUCUCGUAAGUUGAUGUUUGCUCCGAUGCUGUUUUGGGGUAGGUGGGGCACGCCCAUCCCACAUCAGAAGCCCAUGACUCUUGUGGUGGGGAAACCAGUUCCAGUACCUGCGGGUGAAGCAAGCCUAGACGCUGCAGUCCAGAAAAUGCAUGCGGAGUUUAUCGCCACUGUUGAACGUCUGUACGAGCAGCAUAAGUGUGGAGUAGGAUUUUCUGCUGUACCACUUGUCAUAACAUGAGGUCUGAUGAUAGUCUUAUCACCAUCUCCUCAUACAAGAGUGCCAGUGGUCUAGUGGUAGAAUAGCACCCUGCCAUGAGCUCGGUGCAGACC